CUAGAUUUCGACCAUCGACGCGCCGAUGAAUGCGCAGGUGCAGCAGCAGCUCCUCGACGCUGUGGGAAACCAAGUGCUGGAGUCGCUUCAAGCACAAGAAGAAAGGCUUGAUGCAGAGAUCAAACAGCUCGAAAGGAUUGAGGAGGACGACAUGGACAAGCUGCGUGAGCGCCGGUUGCGCGCCAUGAAGGCAGCUGCGAUGCAGAAGCAGGCAUGGAAGAACGCAGGUCACGGAACAUACUCAGAGCUGUCGAACCAGCAAGAGUUCUUUGACGUGAUCAAGGAAAGCGAAUGCGUCGUCUUGCAUUUCUACAACGCCACGAACGCAUACUGCCCCAUCAUGGACAAGCAUCUGACGACUCUGGCCGAGUCGCACUUGGAGACCCGCUUUUGCCGCAUGAAUGCUGAAAAAGCCGACUACCUUGUCCAGAAACUCGGGAUUUGGAUGAUUCCGUGUGUUGCUCUCAUCAAGAACAAGAGCGUCGUGCACAUGCUCCAAGGGCUCGAUGAACUCGGCGGCACCGAUGCGUUUAGCACCCACUUCCUCGCGUACUUUCUCUCGACCAAGAACGUGCUCAAGUUUGACGGGUCGCCGCCAGAGAGCGUCACAGACACUGGUGUGGACGCGCCCAAGCCCGCGGGUCCUAUCAAGCAAUCUGUCUUUGAUUACAACAGCGACGACGACGACUACGACUGAUUUUCACACAAUAAAACAUUGAGCGCAUCUACAUCGAUCUUGAUGAAACUUUACGCAUCCUUACUUCCA